GAUAUCCCGACGCGCCCGACUCACAUACCACCACUCGCAGUCUUAUGCAGCAUGAGCGGAGAGCAGUACUUGUCUUGUGAACUGCCACAGAAACAAAACAGGGACAGGGCGACCCAGAGGGCUCUUGCGGCCGCGAGGCGGUGCCUCCAAGCCCUUCAAAGCGUUGCCGGCGCAAUGCCUGUCGCUGGGACGCAGGUCCAGUCAAUUAUUGGCGUGGCAUUGAUUAUCAUCUGUAGAAUUGAGGGUCUUUAUGCGUGGAAAAUUGGCAAGGCCGCCCUCGCCGACCGAAUUAGAAGCGUGCUGGAGGUGGUGUCCAGGGCAUUACGAGAGGCGAACGAGCAGGCGAUCCCCAGGCUCGUAGAGGAUGUGGCAACGUUUAAUGAAAUCCUGCAAAGAAUCGCGGACUAUCUCCAGCAUUGCUCGCCUCGGAAGCGCGGAGUCAAAGCGCUCUUCACCUUUCCACUGCUCAGCGAACAGCUACUUGAAUACGAGACCGACCUCGAUGAGGCUGUGCAGACUUUUCUCCUUAAAUCCGCGCUACAGCUUCGGAUCGACAUCCAUAGCUUUCGCGUCAACUCGCAGGCACAACACAACGCUCAUGCCCAAGGGCUGCGCGCCCUGCAGGAGAGCGUGCAGACGCUGCACAAUGCGCUUACCAGUAGCGUCGGAGAGCCCUCGGUGACAAGUACCCUAGCUAGUCAGUGCAUCAGAUGCGGACACGUUGAGAAGCAGUGUGAUGUUACAGCAGAGGCCAUGGAAAUUAAGACUCAGAAAUCUAUCGUUAAGGUGACAAGGAGGAUGAGUUUAUGAGAUCUCGUUAGCUCGUCUCUCGCACAUAGUAUAGGUAAUACACUUAUUCGG